AUAUUAUUAUGUCUUUGUUGUUGACAACGAGAAAUGACAGCAGCAACGGGAAAAUGUUUCUUCGACAAUAUGAAGCAUAACCGACAGUACCACCGUCAAUCCAGUCAGCACGCUAGACAGCUAACGGCAGCAGCAACACCACCACCAACAACUCUCAAACGUUUCUUUUCCUUCUUAUUUUCUUAGCCACACAAAUAAAGUACAAACUAUAAAAAGGCCAAGUUAUUUUUGCAGCCGUUCAGUCCAAACGCGGAGUUUUACAAAGUCAUUGAGAACCGACCCGAAGCGAUCGGGUGCAUAGCACAAAGAAACAACUCAAGCCAUUCAUAUAUAGCCGCAAACUUAAGUGACUACAACACUCCAAGAGAAGUUCAGCAGUUCCGUUCAAAGUUCAAAUAAAAAAAUCAAGCGGAGGUGGUUGUGGAUACGCGAACCACAAACGGAGUGUACAAAAGGAGUUUUCUUCUUUGUUUAAUGGAACAAAAGAACAACAAAAAUAAUUAAUUAAUAGCAAAAAUUAAAAUAACGAUUUGAGUGUUAAAAAUGCCCGUGCUUAAACGUUUUCUGAUAUUAUCAAUAUUGUGUGUCACAGUGUGUGCACAAGAUUAUCAAGACUAUCAAGAAAAUACACCAAGACCUGCACCCAUAAGACUGCGACCGAACACGGCCCAAGAAGUGCCAAGGCCAACACCAGUACCCAUUCUAAAGCAAAUUAAUAAACACAACGAGGAUGGUUCCUACACAUAUGGCUACGAGGGUGCUGAUGGUUCAUUCAAAAUAGAAACCAAAUUGGCCACCGGUGAGGUUAAAGGUAAAUACGGCUAUGUUGAUGAGACUGGCAAAGUACGAGUUGUCGAAUAUGGUGCCAACAAAUAUGGAUUCCAGCCAUCCGGUGAGGGUAUAACAGUGGCACCGCCCACAUUAGUUGACGAAACUAGACGUGAACCAGAGCCCGAUUAUGAAGAGGAACCCGUAAAUAGACCACAAAGGCCACAGCGCAUUAAUCGUCCCCAACCUCAGUACAGACCUGCUCCUCCACCACCGCCACCUCCACCUCAACCCCGUCCUCAACCACAAUACGUUCAGUAUGAGGAUGAAGAAUCCGAACCAGAGCCUCCACGUAGACCCCAAUAUGUUCCCCAAAGUAUCCCCGCCCCAAAAUCUGUAGGACCUGCUCCACCCAGACUUCAAAUACCCGGUGCCCAACGUACCACAGAUGUUGUUUAUUCUCCAGUUCCAAAAGUGGCACGACCUGAACCGGACUACUCACAGAGCACCUCAUUUGGUGGUUCAUCGAAUCUCCGCAUAUCACGACCCGUCUAUGCCCCAGCACCUGAGACUCCAUCUCCGUCCAGUGCUCGUGCCCAAGGUUUUCUGGGACCUGCUUCGGGGGGUCGACCUCUUCUGGAACCAUUCCAAUUCGGACCCUCGCCAGCACCCCGGCCAGUUCCUCAAGCCGUUCCUGUACAACAACCCCGCUAUCCACAGCCUCAACCUCAAAGUCGCAGCAGCGGAGGUGGUGGCAGUCUGCUAGACCAGCUAGCACGUGAUUAUGCUCUUCCCGAGGGCACAUCUCAGCCAUUGCAUGACAUUUCAUUUGGUUAUUAUUAGACGGGGAUGAAACGUCGUGUUGGUUGAAUGAUUGAUGCUGAUCAAUCAAUCGGUCUUGUAGAGUCAUCAAAGAGAUUUUAUGUUGUGUUUACAGUUAUUGAGUUUAAUAUUUUUUUUUUUAAAUAUAAGUUGAUCAUCAAUAUUUCGUGUACGAGACAAUCUUACCAUAAAAACUAAAUCCAUUGUUUAUUCAAUAAAGUAUUUUGUGAGGACGUUGCCAUUUUUGUGGUGAAAUUAAA